GCUGGGGCGUGGCUCAGCGUUGGUGGCGGGACCCCGGAAGUGUAAAGCACGAGCGGGAAGACUCGCCAGGGCGAGCGACAGGCGAGCCCUGUGCUUUACUUCCGAGGGCGGUGUCAGCAAAGCUAGAGUCAGAGGUUCUGCUUGAGAUCAAGUUGGGAGACACACCCUUGUUCAUUCUCCUUGAGAAGCAGCCAUUAUCCACAGAACAUUGACAGAACCUGUGUUUGGGGAAAGGACUGAUGGCUUUGAGUCUAGGUUGGAAAGCACCCAGGAACCACUGUGGUCUCCUCUUGCAGGCUCUGCGAAGCAGUGGUCUUCUCUUGUUUCCCUGUGGCCGGUGUCCCUGGAGAGGAGCUGGAAGCUUUUUGGACCCUGAGAUAAAGGCUUUUCUGGAGGAGAACACUGAAGUCACCAGCAGUGGUAGCCUCACCCCUGAAAUCCAAUUGCGGCUUUUGACCCCCAGAUGCAAAUUCUGGUGGGAGAGAGCUGACCUGUGGCCCCACAGUGAUCCUUACUGGGCAAUCUACUGGCCGGGAGGCCAAGCCCUGUCUAGGUAUCUUUUGGAUAAUCCUGAUGUUGUCAGAGGAAAAUCUGUAUUAGAUCUUGGGAGUGGAUGCGGAGCUACAGCUAUUGCUGCUAAGAUGAGUGGGGCAUCAAGGAUCUUGGCCAAUGACAUAGACCCUAUUGCAGGAAUGGCUAUUACACUAAAUUGUGAAUUGAACAGACUGAAUCCUUUUCCUAUUUUAAUCCAAAACAUUUUGAAUUUGGAACAAGAUAAGUGGGACCUUGUUGUUCUUGGCGAUAUGUUUUAUGAUGAAGACCUUGCAGAUAGUCUUCAUCCGUGGCUGAAGAAGUGCUUCCGGACCUAUAGAACUCGAGUACUGAUUGGUGACCCCGGGCGGCCCCAGUUCAGUGGACACAGCAUUCGGCAUCACCUGCACAAAGUGGUAGAAUAUUCACUUUUGGAGCCUACUCGGCAGGAAAACAGUGGACUGACAACAAGCACAGUGUGGGAUUUUCAGCCUUGAGUUGUCAAAGUGCUUCCAAGUAUGAAUAUAGUCAUGUUCGGAUCUGACUCUAAAAGUUUUCUCUAUAGGAGAUACUCUCCAGUUUAAUGAAUGUAAUUCUUGUUAAAUGGAAAAUCUUGUUUUUAAAAUAUGAAGGUUUAGAGUUUUGUUUACUUUUGUCACGUAACUGGUUCUGUAUUUCCGUGCAUGCCAAUUAUACCCAUCUCUAUCUGCAUUUUUUUUCUAUUUUAACCGCUGCAGGAAUAUGAUUAUACAAUGCCAUACUCAAUGGUGGCAGCUUUUAAUUUAAGUAAUGGAGAAGAAUUAAACAUUGUAGCCGGAUCUGUUUCUGUAGUUGAGGACAACUGUGAUGUAACUUUGAAUGAAACAAACAAAACAAAACGUAGAAGAAGACUAUAUAUAUAUUUUUUCUUUUUUUAGAGACAGUCUCACUUUGCUCCCAGGCUGGAAUGCAGUGGCUAUUCAGAGGCUUAAUCACUGGGCACUGCAGCCUCGAACUCUGGGCUUUUGUUUUUUUUGAGAUGGAGUCUCAGCUCUGUCGUCCAGGCUGGAGUGCAGUGGCUCAUAUCUCGGCUCACUGUAGCCUCCACCUCCCCCGUUCAAGCGAUUGUCCUUAGUCUCUGGAGUAGCUGGGAUUUUAGGCGUGCACCACCAUGUUGGGUAAUUUUUGUAUUUUUAGUAGAGAUGGGGUUUUGCCAUGUUGGCCAGGCCGGUCUCAAACUCCUGACCUCAGGUGAUCCACCCACCUUGGCCUCCCAAAGUGCUAGGAUUACAGGUGUGAGCCACCAUGCCAGCCUGACAAUGUUUUUUACUUCUAUCACUUCCUUUUGAUUUUUUCUUAUAGCUUCUAUCUAUCUCUGCUUACGUCACCAUCAUUCUUGCGUGUUGUAUGCUUUUCACAUUAGAGCCCUUUGCAUGCGUUAUUUUAAAUUUAUGAUCUGAUAUUCUAAAAUGUCUGCCAUAUCUGAGUCUGGUUCUGAUGCUUGUUUUGUCUUUUCAGACUGUUUUUUUGUCUUUUAGCAUGCCUUGUAAUUUUUUGUUGAUAGCUAGACAUGAUGUAUUGGAUAAAUAAACAAGUAAACUAAGGUA